UGAGGAGGAUUCUCCGUCGGGCCCUUCGCGCCGCGGCUCGGGCAGGAGGCACCUGAGGGAGACGGGGAGGAGGAGGAGGACCCGCAGGCAGAGUGCUUAAUAAAAGAAGAGAGACUGUCAACAUGGGGUCUAUUUGGGAAUGCAGUUAGACAAUCUGCUGUGAUGACCUGACACAACUUGUAUGGUGAUAGGAAACAAAAGGCCAAGAUGAAGUAUAUUAAUAGUGCUUUGGGAAUGAAAGCUUUCUGUUGGACUCUGCUAUGUUCUGUCAAUGCACACACAGAAUCUUUCAGUCUCUGAAGAAUCUUAAAAUGAAAACCCGGAAUCCUGACAAUGCCAAGAAUCAUUCAUCCUCUGAAGACCCUUAGAAUGAAAACCUGAAAUCCUGACAAUGGUGCAUAGGUACCCAGCAAGGUCUAAAUAAUCUAGAGACUCUCAUGAUCGCUGCAGAAGGAUGGCUGCAAACUGGGUGUUCCACUGCCUGUGGCCAUUGGCUGUUCUAGUAGGAUGCACCGAUGGCCAUAGCCUGUUCUCAUGUGAGCCUAUCGUCUUGAGGAUGUGCCAGGAUCUUCCUUACAAUACCACUUUCAUGCCUAACCUUUUGAACCAUUAUGAUCAGCAAACAGCAGCACUAGCAAUGGAGCCAUUCCACCCAAUGGUAAACCUUGAAUGUUCCCGGGACUUUCGGCCAUUCCUGUGUGCUCUCUAUGCUCCUGUUUGCAUGGAGUAUGGCAGAGUCACUCUCCCGUGUCGCAGAAUUUGCCAACGAGCGUACAAUGAGUGUUCAAAACUCAUGGAGAUGUUUGGUGUGUCUUGGCCAGAGGAUAUGGAAUGCAGCAGGUUCCCAGAUUGUGACGAGCCUUACCCUCGUCUUGUCGAUCUCAAUGUAGUCAGGGAACCAACGGAAGAAGUGCCGGUGGUGGUGCAAAGAAAUUAUGGCUUUUGGUGCCCCCGAGAGUUGAAAAUAGACCCAGAUCUGGGCUACACGUUCCUGCGGGUACGGGAUUGUUCCCCUCCUUGCCCAAAUAUGUAUUUCAGGCGUGAAGAGCUUUCUUUUGCACGAUACUUCAUCGGUGUGAUCUCCAUUGUCUGCCUUUCGGCCACAUUGUUUACUUUCUUGACUUUUUUGAUUGAUGUCACAAGAUUUCGCUACCCAGAAAGGCCCAUCAUCUUUUAUGCUGUCUGCUACAUGAUGGUGUCGCUCAUUUUCUUCAUCGGCUUUUUGCUCAAGGACAGGGUUGCCUGCAACGCCUCCAGCCCCACUAUGUUCAAGGCCUCCACAGUGACGCAGGGCUCUCACAACAAAGCCUGCACUAUGCUUUUCAUGGUGCUCUAUUUCUUUACCAUGGCCGGGAGCGUCUGGUGGGUGAUCCUGACCAUUACUUGGUUCUUGGCGGCCGUCCCCAAGUGGGGCAGUGAAGCCAUUGAGAAGAAGGCCCUCCUUUUCCAUGCUAGUGCCUGGGGCAUCCCGGGGACCCUCACCAUCAUCCUCCUAGCUAUGAAUAAAAUUGAAGGUGACAACAUCAGUGGCGUGUGUUUUGUUGGCCUCUACGACGUGGAUGCCUUGAGGUACUUUGUUCUCGCUCCUCUCUGCCUCUAUGUGGUGGUUGGAGUUUCUCUGCUGCUUGCUGGCAUCAUCUCCUUAAAUAGGGUCCGUAUUGAAAUUCCUUUAGAGAAAGAGAACCAGGACAAGUUGGUGAAAUUCAUGAUCCGGAUUGGUGUCUUCAGUGUCCUCUAUCUUGUACCUCUCUUGGUUGUGAUUGGCUGCUAUUUCUAUGAGCAAGCUUACCGAGGUGUGUGGGAGACAACUUGGAUACAGGAACGGUGCAAAGAAUAUCACAUCCCCUGCCCGUAUCAGAUCACCCAGAUGAGUCGUCCAGACUUGAUCCUCUUUCUGAUGAAGUAUCUAAUGGCUCUUAUAGUGGGGAUUCCAUCUGUCUUCUGGGUUGGAAGUAAAAAGACUUGCUUUGAGUGGGCCAGCUUUUUCCAUGGGCGCAAGAAAAAAGAGGUUGUGAAUGAGAGCCGGCAAGUGCUUCAGGAGCCUGAUUUUGCACAGCCGCUCUUGAGGGACCCCAACACGCCCAUAAUCCGCAAAUCCAGAGGCACCUCCACCCAGGGGACUUCUACGCAUGCGUCCUCUACCCAACUGGCUAUGAUGGACGACCAGCGAAGCAAAGCGGGCAGCGUCCACAGCAAAGUCAGCAGCUACCACGGCAGCUUGCAUAGGUCACGGGAUGGCAGGUAUACCCCCUGCAGCUACCGUGGGAUUGAAGAUCGACUACCUCAUGGCAGCAUGUCCCGACUGACUGACCAUUCCAGGCACAGCAGUUCCCACCGGCUCAACGAUCAGUCGCGUCACAGCAGCACCAGGGACCUCAGUGGCAAUCCAGUGACGCACAUAACGCAUGGCACCAGCAUGAACCGGGUGAUCGAAGAGGAUGGGACUAGCGCUUGAUCUGCACUUCCCUUUAUUACAUGAGCAGUGCUCGUUUCAUUUCAGAUUAACAGAGCUCAGUGUUAUCCCUCUUAUCAGGUACUAACUUUGUCAAUGGGACCUAACUGGACGCUGCAUUUUUCCACUAGCCAGCAAUUUCUCAGAAAUGUUGUUUCUAAGCAAGGUUGCUGCUUGAUCAACAGUUUAUAAGCUAAACUGUUUCUGGUACUUGUAUUUUGGACUCCUCAGUACAGUUUUAUUUAUUAUGCUUGACAA